AUGGCCGCGGGCGGCCCGGGCAGCGGCAGCGCGGAGGAGAAGAGCUACCGCCGCUUCCUCGAGCUGUUCUUGGGCGAGUUCCGAGGGCCCUUCGGGGUAGAGCCGGAGCCAGAGCCGGAGCCAGAGCCGGAGCCAGAGCCAGAGCCGGCUCCAGCUCCCCCCCCAGCUGCCGAUGCUGCUGCCGCCGCUGCCGAGGAGCCGGGGGCAGAGGGAGAAGGGGGAACGGCCGCCGAGACGGAGGAAGGUGAGGGCGGCCAAGAAAACGAGGGCGGCCAGAGCGACGCCGGCGACCCUCAGCCGCCCGCCCCGCCGCCGCCUCCCCCGCCGCUGCCCUCGCUGCCCCGGCCGCUGUCGGAGUACAUAACGGAGGAGGAGGUAGAGGGCGAGUGCCUGGACCUCUGCCUGCAGCAGCUCUACAAGUAUAAUUGCCCUUCAUUUUUGGCUGCUGCUUUAGCUAGAGCAACUUCAGAUGAAGUCCUUCAGAGUGAUCUUUCGGCACACUAUUUACCAAAGCAUGUGGACAACACAGAUGGAAUCAUACAGAUCGAGACAGUGAAGUUGGCCCGCUUAGUUUUCAGCAAGCUGCAUGAGAUCUGCAGCAACUGGGUGAAAGACUUUCCACUCCAGCCAAAGCCCCAUCGCUACUAUGAGACAUCCAUCCAUGCCAUCAAGAAUAUGCGCAGGAAGAUGGAAGACAAGCACGUCUGCAUCCCAGAUUUCAACAUGCUCUUCAACCUGGAGGACCAAGAGGAGCAAGCUUAUUUUGCAGUGUUUGAUGGUCAUGGGGGAGUGGAUGCUGCCAUCUAUGCCUCCAUCCAUCUCCAUGUGAACAUGGUCCAUCAGGAGAUGUUUCAGCAUGACCCAGCAGAAGCACUGUGCCGAGCUUUCCGUGUGACCGAUGAGCGCUUUGUCCAGAAGGCAGCCAGAGAGAGUCUGCGUUGUGGAACCACUGGGGUGGUGACUUUCAUCCGAGGAAAUAUGCUGCAUGUGGCUUGGCUUGGGGACUCCCAAGUUAUGCUCGUAAGGAGAGGCCAAGCUGUGGAACUGAUGAAACCCCACAAACCAGAUCGGGAGGAUGAGAAGAAGCGCAUUGAGGCACUUGGUGGCUGCGUGGUCUGGUUUGGAGCCUGGAGGGUGAAUGGGAGUCUGUCGGUCUCCAGAGCUAUUGGGGAUGCUGAGCACAAGCCAUACAUCUGUGGGGAUGCAGACUCUGCCUCCACUGUACUAGAUGGCUCUGAAGACUACCUCAUUUUAGCCUGUGAUGGUUUCUAUGACACGGUCAAUCCCGAUGAGGCAGUCAAAGUGGUGGCUGACCAUCUAAAGGAGAAUAAUGGCGACAGCAGCAUGGUAGCACAUAAAUUAGUGGCAUCUGCUCGCGAUGCCGGUUCCAGUGACAACAUUACUGUCAUUGUGGUAUUUCUCAGGGACAUGAACGCAGCAGUCAAUGUUAGUGAGGAGUCAGACUGGACAGAGAACUCUUUUCAAGGUGGGCAGGAAGACAACGGGGAAGAUAAAGAAAACCAUGGAGACUGCAAACGGCCGUGGCCCCAGCACCAGUGCUCGGCACCUGCAGAUCUAGGGUAUGAGGGACGGGUGGAUUCUUUCACCGACAGAACUAGCUUAAGCAUAGGGUCAAACAUCUACCUGUUUGACGAUCAAAGCUAUUUAGACCUGACAAAAACAGAAACUAGUACACCUCAGAGUGCCAAAUAUCUGCCACCAAUUCAAGUGUUUAGUCCCGGCAUACCAAAGAGUGCAAAUCUGAUCAAUGGCCUAAGAGUGAAGAAUGAAUCACCAGAGUGCACCACAUCAUCAAUGUGUGGACAGAGCAAUCCCAGGGAGUACAAUGCUCCUCUUAGCUUGGGUGCUACAGGGCAGAGCAUCUACAGGUUGAAGGGUAUAUCCCCCAUUUUCGUUGGGCUGGAAGAUGAACUAUUCAAAUCCUUGGGAAAACGAGCUGCGCUCUUUCGCUUCCGGCUCUGUAGCUGGAAGAGGCAACGAGGAGCCAGGCUCAAACCAAAGUUUCACACGCUGCUCUUGGCUCACGAGCCUCCCCACACAGAUGGAUCGAGUCUGUCCCUACCUGUCCGGGGCCGCAGGAGCACAAGGGUGUGGGGCAGACACUCCCCGUGCUGGAAGCUGGCUGGUCACAGAGCGUACAGUGAAAGCAUGGUUUUGAUGCGAAGACAAAGUCAUUGUAUACCAGCGUCAUACCUUCAUCAAUGCUGUAAAAUGUAACCAUCCCCCUCGUGUUCCCCCAUCAGACUCCCAAAGUAGACAUUCCCAAAAUAAAACUGGCAUCAUCAGAAAGCGAAACAAAGGUGGGCAUUUCCGAACUGUACUCCCAUCCCCUGCAAAGCUCCAACUAUGUGUAAAUACAUCUAGGAAUUAACAAAUGUAGUUGUUUCAAUCUCAGUAAAGUUUGCUGGUGGUGCCACCCUGAGCAAUGCCGCAGCCACCAACCACCCGCACACGUGAGUAUCUGACCACAUUCACCGGUGGAAGCCAAACAGCUGGUUCACCUCAUAGACACUGUUAGGGAAUGAACAGUCCUUACAAAUGCGAGAGGUUGAACCUGCCUGAGAUACAUCUGUGGAGCAAUAUGUAAAGCAAGAUUCUGGUUUAGAACUGCCAAAUUUUUUUUGGAGUGGGGGGGAAGUUUCUGUAGAAGUCCAGGUGUGUGGUUUUUGUGUUCUGCUUUCUAUUUAUUUCAGGCAAGCAUUAAGAUGAAUUAGAAAGUUCUAUCCACUUUUGCAGGUAGAUGACUAAAAGCCAUACAGGGUUUUACCAGGUAACUUAGGAAUGGACAAACUGAGCUCCUGCUGCUCUGUUCUCAGACUCCAGUUGAAGUAUAGACUCACAAUUUACCUAUUUUUGUUCAUGUAACACAAAGAGUAGAAUAUUAAGAAAACUGGGGUUUGUAGUUCUUAAAACCAAUUCUUUCCUAUGGCUAAAGGUUCAUAUCUUUCGGGUGCUUUUAGUGGCAUUUUUCUUGUUUGUCAGUUUAGGAAACUGUUCUCACCUGGUUUUCAUUGAACAUUGAUUGUGCUUAUUUCUUUGAGCCAACCUCUUUCCACCGUAACUUCAUCUCAGGUCUUAAGAGAAACCAGUCUGUGGAGAUGUUCAGUACAAUACUACUGCCACUCAACCAGUCAAACCAGAGAACUGCUUGCGUGAGAUAAUGAGCAAUCUGAUGAGCUGUUUGGUUUCUAGGUGGCAAAGGCAUAAUUUAAUAUGAAGUUGCAGCAGGAAGGAUGAUAGUGUCCUGUGUCUCUGAGCAGCAUCACUGCUGCAGUGUGGUGUUUUCUAGUGUGUGUAGGAAUGGAUGCCAGAGCAAUCCCAGACAUGUGGAAACGCCGUGGGUGCAGAAGAGGGGUUUUGCACUUGGGGUUUUGUGAGGCAAGUAAAACUCACUGGCCAGCCAGAGCUCUGCUUUGGUGAAACCUGGGUUCAGAAAGGGAAGUGAGCAGAGUGUUACCUACCACACUGGAAAAUGCGUGGUACCUGCCAGCUUAUCCCUGCUGUCGAGGUGAUGCUGAACCCAUGGGGGGAGUGGUUAACUGGGACAUAAGCAAGCAGACGAUUCCCAUCAGCUCCACUAAAUACAUACCUGUUGCUGUUCUUCGUUACAGUAAAAUAUUUGGAAGGGUAUGAAUAAAGUCAGUCUUCAUAGGCACUUAUUGUACAACUCGUAUCAUUUUAGCAGUAACAAUUUAAUAACAGUAUUUAGCUAGAAUUUGCAAAGUAUUUUAAGUAGUCAGGAGAUUAUUCAGCACGACAAGAUGGCAAGGUUUGAGUUCUGCCACUUUCUGCUGCUUCUACCUUUGAUGCACUAUUUUAAAAGCAAUCUGAGGAACAGUGAAAGGCUUUGUGAGUAACCAGGAGUUGGAGUGUGGCUUUAGAUUCCUUUGAUCUUUUUCAGGCUUUUUGUUUUUAAUCUUACAGGAUCAUUGGCUCUUAUCUGUCAUCUUACUAAGCCUUAGCUGUUGUCGCCGUUCUCUUUAGCUGCAGCAUAUGUUCCAAUUCAGAUUUACUGAGGAAAUUUGAGAAAUCAUGAGAUGAUAAAAUAUGCAACUCUGGGGCAUCUCUGCGGUGCCUUUGUUUUAAAUUCUUCACAGUAAUAAUGAUGCAUUGAGAGUCCAUCUUACUGACGUGUUUCAGAGAGGAAGGUGGUGUAAGUGCAAUUCUGUGUGUGAGUAAAUGAGAAUGAAGAGCUGUGAUAGAUGAUAAAACUUCUUCCCAGUCUGCAGGAGCGGUUGACGAGUGCUCGAUUGCAUGUGUGCUGUUUUGGGGAAGGAUUUAGCUUUUUAGGUGUGGAUUCAUAAGUGAUAAUUCUGCCACUCAUACCAUUUACCUUGCUAGGAGAAAAAAAUUCUGCCAUCAUAGUUCCAGUGUGGUCAGGUUAAAACAUUGUAUAGGUAGCAAGUCUUCAUUUCUUCACUAAAUGCAUAUUUAUAGAGUAGAUAGGAACCAUUUGUAAGGUAAGUCCUUUAAAGUUCUAUACUAUUACAAGUAGUGGUUAUUGGUCUGAUAUAUGCUGCUCUUGAUUCUACCCACUAGACAAAAAGCAGUGCUUUGUGAAAUGCAGUGUUUUCUCUUAAUGCCACUGGUGAUAGGAAGUAGUUCUCUUCAGUUCAAACUCCUGUGCCCUUACUUGCUGCUUGCUAACGUAAGCAAUAAUCCCUCUCUAAUGGUAUCUAAGUGUUCUGUAUCUCGUACUUUGAUUGUCUAUCUGGUGACAAUGUAAAGAUACUAGGCUAAUAUAAAAGCAUCUAAUUGUAUUUAUUAACUGUUGCUACUGAGAUUCAGUCUGUGACCUGUGUUUUGUAUUUUUAUUGUGUAUCGUAGUGGUGGUGAAAUUUGUAUAACGAAUCUUUCCAAUAAAGAGCUGAAGUAUCCCUGUUCCGUGUUAAGCCAACCCGCAUCAGUUUCAGUUUACGUGUUAACCCUGUGUGCAGAACUAGGAGGUAGGGAGUGAAAACAUCAUUUUUAUGUUGAUUUUUGUGAACUUGUGGUGGUUUUGAGGAGGUGGCUCCAGGCUCUUUGUCUGAAGCUGCUCAAAACUCGCUCAUAAACUCUUCACUGUGAGUCCUGGUGGGAUUUGUGCAAUCCCCUCUGGUUGUUCCCUGUGCACACUUUUGGAAGGUGCAGCUCUGGGGUGUCUGUAUUGCAGGGACAGGGGAGCCCUUAACCCACUGUGGUUUGCACUGAUGGUGGGUGGAAACACAUGUAUAGAACUUUUCUGUACCUGGAAGUGCCAUCGAUUGUCCUUGCCAGUUAAAACCAUUCAGUAGUGGAUUGAGAUUGCACUGCAGCACCCAAGGACAAUGUCGAAGCAGACUUUACCUUACGCCACAUUUAUAGUGGUGCAUUGGUGAGAAACGUGUCCUAUGGGCAGAUGAGGAGUAAUGGGCUCCGUGUCCAUAGACAUGGCUGCUGUACUUCAGAGGCAGCCUCCUCAUGAAAUCCUCCCCACCGUGGCAGUGUUCUGCAGGAAAAAGCAAAUGAGAAAGAUUGGUCUAAAUUAGGGACUGUUUUAGCACAAUUUACUCACUGGGCACUAGUCACAUAAACAAAGCCAUUGAAGGGGAUACUCCAGCUUUGAUCAUGCCUACAAUUUAGGGCAAUCUUUCUUUAAUUCAUAUCCUCUUUGCAACAGGAACAAAACUUUCUACCCUUGUAUCAUGUGCAAUAAUGAGGCAUUAACACAACUUCUGACUUAAAAUGUUCCCAUCCUUUCCUUGCCCUCGCCCAUCAGGCACUCGCACUGUACUUGCCAGCAGUAAAGCUAAAAUCCUCUCCCUUAGGGUCUAGUACAACCCUUGGGGUCUAAUACAACUCCUGUAUCACGUGUGCACUGUGGUCUGCUCACCUGGGACAGGAACGGGUGCAGGACCAAGCUCACACCAUAUACCAAGUGCUCCCGCUGGCGGUUGUGACACGGGGGCUCAUGUGGACCUCUCUGUGUUACCGUGUUCAUGACAAUAACGUGUUCUUGAUGCAGUGAAUAAACUAAAGUAAACAAUUUCCCAGUGUUGGGACUUCCCUCCAUAGUCUUGUUCUACAGUCCACCUAUUAGUUUCAACCAUGUAUUAGUCAUCCAUAUUUUAUUUAUGAAUCUGUUUAUACAGGAAAAACUGUUAAAGUUUUACCAAUAUCUUAAUAAAACAGUAAUUUAAACCACA